AUCUACGCUGUGCCACCUGGGUUUUCCCGCCCACGCAUGUCGAAACGUCUUCUUCCAGCUGCAGCGCAGAUAAGACCCUGUAGAGCUCGCUCCGCCGUCGACGCGAGAUGCCUUGCUCGGUCCGCCGAACACAGGUCCACGCGAAGUCUCAGCUGAGCCGAGCUGACGGUAGAACAUGUGGUAGUUCACUGUAUUAGUAGCAGUACGAGCAAACGUACUAGUACUGCGCCGACCAGAGGGGAGGGACUUGAAGCCGCGCGAACGGACGCUCGCUUGCCGCGAAGCGACCUUAUCGCCGCAAGGGAAAGGGACCGCGAGGCUCGGACCAGCCGACAGGCCGAUCCGCCACGCGAACAUCUUGCACUUGCAGUUGCUUUCCUCCCGUGCGCCUGAUCUGCGUCGGGUCACAUGAGUUCGGCUGGUGCACGACUAUUCGAGUCGUGCAACCCCCAUACUCCCCCCGCUCCCCCACCCCACUUCCCCCUGCCCUCUGAUCAAACAACAACAAAGCUGCUCACUCCCUCCGUGGCUCUCUCGCUGCCUUGCCUGCCGCUACCAGCCCUAGUAGUAGCAUCAACGUGACGCACCCCUGUCACUUGCUCCUCGCUCGCUCGCUGCGGCGCCCCCUCCGCCGCCGCCCAACCUCUCUAUGAGUGCCGUGGAUUCGAACCGCUCAACAGCCCGCUGAGCACCAGCAGUAGCAGCAGCAGCUGCUGCUGCUGGUAGCACCACGGGUACUCGGCCCCUACGAUCGUGCUCCCUCGAAACCGGCCUUUCAGAACAGCUUUGUUGGACGACGAGGCAGGCCUGACCGAGCCGUAAGAGGCGGCUCUCGUAACUUACAGUGCCCUAUUACCUCUCAGCAGCAGAAUCUCUUACGCAGUUUCUGUUCAAAUCUGAACGUUGAAGGGAGUAUUCGCGAGGUAGAAGCGAGAGCCCAAGGCGCCAUCGGCUGAGCGUCUCACGCCAAACGCAGGCUUUCUGACCUCUGUUGUCACGCUCCCGUUCCCUACUUUGACACGCGCUACUACUACUGGAGUCACUCUAACAGACGGACUUACAGACGCUGCGAUUGUGGUGCAGAUUCUAGCAGAUGCUGCACGCACCACGGCCCGCUCUCUUUCCCAGCCACGUGGCGUGACGACGAAGGUUACACGGCGAAUCUCCGAGUAGUAGUGGCCUAAGAUUUGGCCUGUUGAACCACUACUAGCCUAGUACGCGGCAGGCUUAGUGUCUCGUCUCAGCCUAUUAGUCACUCACCUUUCCAGCUUUCGGUCAGACAGACUCCUCACGCGCAGCCUCUCGAGCCCGUCCGCUUGGCACUUCAUCACCGUGGUGCGAGAACACGUGCACACACUACUGCCAUCACUAUUGUCGCCGCCGUUGGUGGCACAUCACCAUCACCAUCACCACCAUCACCUAAUGGGCUGCUUCGACUUCUUUCGCUCGUCGUCGCGCCGAGCGCCGUCCAGAGUCGCAGCUGCGACCAGCAAGGACUGUCGCAGCGGCAGCAGCAGCGCCGCAGGCGACAGCUGCGGCGACAGUCUCGGCGACGGGAAAGGCGACGACGGCGGGGCUCGCGUGCUGGGUGACAGCGGCAGAAUCGGCGGAGGUAUCACUACCAAGAAGGGCAUUCUAAAAGACAGCAACGGCGCCGUGGCUACUACAACAACUACAUCUAGCAGCGCUGGUAACGCCGGCGGCGGCGGUUUCAUGUCGCCACACGAUUCGCUGAAGGAGAGGCGCGCCGAUGGCGCAGAGCAGGACGACGGGGAGCAGCAGCAGCAUCCGCAUCUGCACCAGCACCAGCAGCAGCAGCAGCAGCAGCAGCAGCAGCAGCAGCAGCAGCAGCAGCAGCAGGAAGAGCGCCGAUAUAGCCCUGACGUCCACGUCAGCCCGUCCCUCUCCCCCUCGCUGACGUCAUCCAACAGCACCUCUUCCUCCUCCUCCUCCUUCUCCUCCACCUCCCACUCCUCCUCCUCCUCCCUUUCCGGCCCUAUCGUCUCCGCCAACCCCUCCGCCUCCACCUCCGCCUCCGCGCGCGCUCUCGCCGCGUUCCCCGUCCCCCCCUUUGGCGGAGUCCCCGUCCCGCUCCCAGCUCCUUCCCCCGGCGCCCGCCCCGCGUCCCCCGGACCGCUCCGCUCGCCCUCCCCCACCCGCUCGUUCCGCAGUGGCGGGCUCGCGCGGAUGGGGUCGGGACGGUUUCCAGGCGCGCAGGUCGGUGCUGCGGGUGCGCCGGGCAGUGUGGCUUCCCCCCGGCCCAACAGCGGCGGCGGCGGUGGCAUGGGCGGCCACGCGGGGGAUAGAAACCGCGCCAUGUCAGCUUCUGCUAACCCGCCCCUACAACGGCAACACAGCAGAGUGACUUCGCCUUCUGAGGUUGCCGGUGGCAACACGGCAGCAGCAGCAGCGCCGCAGACCCCAGCUGCAGCAUCCUGUGGGAACGAUUCGAUCCCAGCCGACGUUUCAUUGGACCACGUGCUCGUUCCCGCCAGCUCUCACCGCGGCCUGCCAGUCCUGGACCGCCAGCUGGCGGGCUCGGGGCGGAUCAACUCGUUCUCGCUGGCGCAGUUGCACGGCGCCACGUGUCAGUUCGCGCUGGAGGGGCUGCUGGGGUCGGGCGGGUUCGGGAGCGUGUUCCAGGGCACCAUGUGGGACGGCCGCAGCGGCCGCAAGGUGGAGGUGGCCGUUAAAGUGCUCAAUACGGCUGGCCAGCAGGGCGACAGGGAGUGGCAGGCGGAGCUGCAGGUUCUAGCGCGUCUGCACAACCCCUGCCUAGUGCCUCUGCUGGGCGUGUGCGCGGAGGGAGAGCAGCGCCUGCUCGUCUACCCCUUCCUCCCGGGGGGCUCCCUCGAGCGCCGCCUCUUCCCCGCGCUCUUCCUCCCCCCCUCCGCCUCCCCGCCCCCCACUCUCCCCACGGGGCUCUCCCUCCCCCUGGGUGCUUCCAGGGGGGGGGGAUUCGGGGGGGUUGUGCCUAGGACGGCGUCUGGCGGGGGAGGGACAGGGGGAGGGGGCGGAGGAGGAGGGGGAGGAAAAGCGGAUGUGAGGGGGGUGAAGCGGCCUGGCAGCAGCGGCGGCAGCAGCAGCAGGAGGGAGGAGGAGCAGCGGCCGCUGCAGUGGCUGCACCGCAUCCGCAUCGCCAUCGCUGCGGCCAAGGGCCUCAUGUUCCUGCACGAAGAGAUCGCCAAGCCGAUCAUCUACCGCGACUUCAAGACGUCCAACAUCCUGCUGGACCGCCACGGCGACGCACAGCUCUCCGACUUUGGGCUCGCGCGGCUGGGACCGCAGGGGGAGCUCUCCCACGUCACCACACGGGUUGUCGGCACAGUGGGGUACGCAGCACCGGAGUACGUGCUCACGGGCCACCUGUCCACCCGCAGUGACGUGUGGGGCUUCGGAGUCGUGCUGCUCGAGCUGCUCACUGGCCGCCCGGCGCUGGAUAAGACCAGACCCAAGCCAGAGCAAUCCCUCGUGGACUGGGCGGCGCCGUUCCUCUCCUCGCCCUGCAAGCUGUACCGCAUAAUGGACCCCUCUCUGGCGGGGAUGUACAGCGUGCGCGGGGCGCAGCUCACAGCAGCCGUGGCCCGGCAGUGCCUGAGCGCGAAGCCCAAGCUGCGCCCCCUCAUGUCGGACGUGGUUAAAUCCCUGCUCCCCGUGCUCGACCUGCAUGACAUGGCCGGGUUUACUCUGGACCAGCCUAUAGGCGGUGGGGGGGGUGUGAGGGAGCAGGGAGGGGGAGAGGGGACUGGAGGCGUGAGGGGUAGUGGGAGUGGCAGUGGUGGGGGGGGAUGGGUGGGCAGAGGAGGGGGAGGAGGAGGAGGGGGUAGUGGGAGUGGGAGUGGGAGUGGCAGUGGGAUGGGGUUUGGGACUCGAGUUGGAUUGAGACCAGGGAGUGGAGGAGGGGGCGGGGGAGGAGGGACAGGAGGGAGAUUGAUCCCAGCUGUAGGAAUGGGACUGGUGGGAUCUAGUCGGAGUGUGGUGGCGGGGGGGCAGCUGGGGGUGGGUGGGGGAUCGUCUGGCACGGUGCUAGUGGAGAGGAGAGAGGGCGCGGGGGACGGGGGGAGCAGCAGAGGGGCGGUAGUGGGUGCGAGGAGAAUAGGGCUGGUGGCAUCAGGAGAAGGGGGAACCAGAAGUGUGUCUGUGGGGGAGGGGGUCAGAGGCGGGCAGGGGAUCCUGAGGAGUGCUAGUGGUAGGGAUGGGAAGGAGAGGAAGGAGGGGAGUGGUCAGCCAUUGAGGGAAGUGGGUGUAGUGGUGUGCACACUUGGAGAGGGGAAAGGAGGUGGGCUAGCGAGGAAAGGGAGUCGGAAGAGUGAGAGCAAUGAGGGGGAGAAGAGGAGACCGACCGUGUGAAGCGGAGAUGGCAUGUGCAUAACAGAUGAUGGGCAAGUGGUAGCGCCAUGUGGAGGAUGUAAAUGGGGAGAGCGAUUGAGGGGGAGGGGGGGAGCACCUGGAGUGGCUGGCUGGCAGGGUGCUGUGAGGUGGUGCUGUAUGGGCAUGUGCGCUGGUCUGUGAGAUGAGAAUUCUCCAACACGGGAGGAGAGGACGUGGGUGGUGCAAGGAGCUCAGGCGAGUCUCAGGUCUGCGGGGCGUACUGCGGCUGCAGCCAUUCCAGCGUAACUGGCAGGUGGUAUGACGGCUGUAUGUGGAAGGAUUAUCAUGGCGAGUUGGUUUCGUGUGGACUGGAGAGUUCAGGUCUAACAACCGCAUGUCUAGCUGCAGUGGACGGAGUCACCAGGUGGGGGUAGAGCUGAGAUGGUGUGUACACCUGGACAAAGGUGUGAUUGCUGUGCUUUACUGUAUAAGCUAUAAAUAAAGAACUAAGAACUGAAUGUACGGUACUCUGCGUACCUUGUGCUGAGUAGUCAACUCAGCAUGCUGAAGUGACAUCUGACUUGAUAGCAAGUAAG